AUGGCCGAUGAAGAGGAGGAUUGGCAAGAAUAUAAGCAAGGUGGCUACCAUCCUGUGUCAAUUGGCGACACCUUUGCCAGUGGUCGCUACGUUGUUGUUAGGAAGCUAGGAUGGGGUCAUUUCUCAACUGUCUGGCUUGCCCGCGAUGUUCAGAUGCAACGCCACGUCGCGCUCAAGGUCGUCAAAUCAGCAGCUCGGUAUACAGAGACUGCCGUGGACGAAAUCAAGCUCCUCCAGCGUCUAGUCACGUCUUCGGACACUGCUAGCACCAACGACCAUCCUGGAAAGAACCACGUUAUAUCUUUCCUUGACCACUUUCGCCAUAAAGGGCCAAAUGGUACCCAUAUCUGCAUGGUCUUCGAAGUUCUGGGGGAAAGUCUUCUUGGCCUCAUCAAGCGACAUCAAAAUAAAGGCGUUCCCAUUCCAUUAGUGAAGCAGAUCGCCAAGCAGGUCCUACUUGGCCUGGAUUACAUGCAUCGAUGUUGCGGGGUCAUCCAUACCGAUCUCAAGCCAGAAAAUGUGCUCAUUUAUAUUCCUAACGUCGAAUCAGUGAUACAAGCAGAGCUUGCUUCUUCUUCUACAACCUCCCCUUCUCAACAACAUCGUGUUCCCAAAGCCAGAAUUACUGGUGUGCCCCCAUCGACUGGUCGCGGCGGUAACAUCACACCCGGCCCUCGUCAUCACGUUAUCAAUGUCAACAUUACGGGCAGUCAGCCUCUUCCGAGUCCAAGCAGCAGUUUUGUCAGUUUGACAUCUCUGAGCACGAGCCCAACUAGCGGUAUUAAUGCCGGACGGCCAAAGCCACCAUUGGGAGACAAGUGGGGCCUCGGAAUGAUGAAGAUUUCUCAUGGCGGAAAUCCACAAAGUGCACCUACAGACGACGGUGAUCUGGGAAUGUCGGCUUUGACCAUGUCGCACUCUGCGCCUCCAGCCACGACAAUCCCGACUCCUAGCCCUCCUCGAAAUGUACUCACUGUUGAUGUUGGACGGGAUAAGCCUGAAGGAGAAGAACAUUGGAUUGAGGAAGUCGACGAGGCCGAUUAUGAGAUGAUCACAGUCAAGAUUGCGGACCUUGGGAAUGCGACGUGGACGGACCAUCAUUUCACCAAUGAUAUCCAGACGAGGCAGUAUCGUUGCCCCGAAGUCAUUGUAGGAUCAACAAACUGGGGAACGAGCGCCGACAUAUGGAGCGUCGCAUGCGUUCUAUUCGAGGUGAUGACAGGGGGCGAUUACCUAUUUGAUCCUGCUCCAGCACCGAAAGGUGCUGAUGGGCGUCCCCGUUAUACGAAAGACGACGACCACAUUGCUCAAAUAAUUGAACUACUGGGAGAGAUUCCCGCGCACGUGCGCAAGUCGGGGCGUUGGAGUGGGGAGUUCUUCGACGCCAAAGGAAAGCUACUCCAUAUCCAGAGCUUACGCCCAUGGCCAAUCACAGCAGUCCUUCACGACAAGUACCUCUUCCCACAAACGGAAGCCGACGCUAUCGCAGACUUCCUGCUUCCCAUGUUACAUCUCGACCCGGAGAAACGCCAGUCAGCAGAGGAAUUGAGUAAACAUGCCUGGCUCGCGGACGUCCCAAAUAUUGAGCGGCCGUUUGCACGGGAACAUGAGAACGAUGCUAUGAAACCCGUGGACGAUGGUGGUGAACAGCCAAAGCCGCCUUGA